UCAGAGUGCAGGUAGGACUCUGUUAUACUGUUAUAUACCUGUUUGAGUUCAGGUAGGACCCUUUUAUACUGUUAUAUACCUGUCAGAGUGCAGGUAGGACUCUGUUAUACUGUUAUAUACCUGUUUGAGUUCAGGUAGGACUCUACUAUACUGUUAUAUACCUGUUAGAGUGCAGGUAUGACUCUGCUAUACUGUUAUAUACCUGUCAGAGUGCAGGUAGGACUCUGUUAUACUGUUAUAUACCUGUUUGAGUUCAGGUAGGACUUUACUAUACUGUUAUAUACCUGUUAGAGUGCAGGUAUGACUCUGCUAUACUGUUAUAUACCUGAUAGAGUGCAGGUAGGACUCUGCUAUACUGUUAUAUACCUGUUUGAUUGCAGGUAGGACUCUGCUAUACUGUUAUAUACCUGUUUGAUUGCAGGUAGGGCCCUGUUAUACUGUUAUAUACAGGGGUUAAAAUGAAUUGGGAUUUGGGAGGUGGCUGGACCCUGAGAUCCGGUGGGAGGUGGGUGAAAAAAGAUGUGUGCGUCACCUCUGUCCAAUCGAAAAUCCUGAACGGCAUUUUGGGACAGACGAUCACUUUCCCCUCAGUGGUGAAGGAGAUUGGCUUCAUUUUCAAAAAUAAGAGUGAAAUUGCAACAGUGGCCGGUGAGAUCGAGCCCACCGAUGACCGCUAUGGCACCCGGCUGCAGUGGAACAACAGCACUGGACUCUUCUCCCUGACUGACCUGAGGAGGGGGGACUCUGGAGAGUACGGGGUACAGCACAAGGAUGGCAAAACCGACAACUACCAGCUGGUUGUGUGGGAUCCAGUACCCAGACCACUGGUGUCCAGCAGGAACAAGAUGAAACCCAGCUGCAGUGUGCUGUGCUCUGUGGAGAAUGGGAGAGGGGUCACCCUGUCCUGGCACAGAGAGGGGCAGACACUGUCCCACACCAGCAGCCCUAAUUUCAGCUCCCCCCUGUCCGUCCCUCUGGAGAUAGAAACGAACAGCGCCCCCUACAGCUGCGUGGCAACAAACCCUGUCAGUAAUAAGACUGUCACAGUCAGACCUGAAGAGCACUGCUUUGGAAAAUCCAAGCAACUCAGCCAGGACCUCAGAAAAAGUCCAGUUCCAAACAACUGAAGGUACCAUAAGCAUCUGAAUAAACAAUUGUAUGCAAAUAUAAAAAUCUUGGGACCACAAAGACACUGCGUCAUUCAGGAAGGAGGUACAAAUUAUCUCCCAAGGCUGAACUAACUUUUGUCUGAAAGGUUCAACUGAACCCCAAGACAACAACAAAGGAACUGGCGAAGGAGUUGGAGGCAUCAGGUACUAAAGUAUCUACAU